CCCACAGGUUUCCCACUCGGGUCGGUAUGUCAAAGAAAUCAACCAGCUCUGAUCAAACAUACUGUCUGUAUCAUGUGAGGCAAUAUACGGCUCUAACGUUAUUUUGAUUUUGCUCUAUUCCCUAUGAAUUUAUAAGUGCCGAUGUGGCCCUCGAUAUGGCCAAUGGCUCGAAGAGAAAGGCCGCCUUGAAGGUAAGAUUGUUUACACCUGUGGAUAAUUCAACAAAUAGUAAAACUUGAGUGAAACAAGUAAUCGACAAAAGCAAAUGAAGACUUAUAUUCUUUGUGUUAACAAUUUACCACUUAAUAACGAUACUUAACACCUCGAAUCAACGAAAACUAAUAGACUCUUGGAAAGGUCGCUGGAGUUGCCGGAUCCUUUGCCCUUGCCACUGCCGGUGCCCCUGGUGCUGCCCAUGCCGCCAAGAAGGCUGUCGAAGUUGUCGAAACUGUUGACAACACCAAAAAGAUUAUUGCUGGAGGAGCUGCUGUUAUCGGAGCUGGACUUGUUGGAAUGAAGGCCAUGGGAGGAAAUGCCCAGGACUUUUUGGAGGCCGAACCUUACUGGGACCAAUCGACUGUUCCUGUCAAUGUUUACAAGAACAAGGCUCCUUUCACUGGAAAGGUUGUUUCAACCAAGCGCAUUGUUGGCCCAAAGGCUACAGGGGAAACUUGCCACAUUAUCAUCGAUCACAAUGGAGACUUUCCUUACUGGGAAGGACAAUCCUGGGGUGUCAUCCCCCCUGGAACCCGAGAGAAGGACGGAAAACCCCACGCCGUCCGUCUUUACUCCAUUGCUUCCUCUCGUUAUGGUGAUGAUAUGACUGGAAAGACUGGAUCCUUGUGUGUGCGUCGCGCUACUUACUGGUGCCCAGAGCUUAAGGCCGAUGAUCCUGCCAAGAAGGGUAUCUGCUCCAACUUCCUUUGCGACACCAACCCCGGUGACGAAAUUACCAUGACCGGACCUGCUGGAAAGGUCAUGCUCAUGCCCGAGGAAGAUCCCAACACCGACUAUAUCAUGGUUGCCACCGGUACUGGUAUUGCUCCUUACCGUGGAUUCAUCCGUCGACUUUUUAAUGAAGACACCCCAGCUGCUCGCGCUUACAAGGGAGAAGCUUGGUUGUUCUUGGGAGUUGCCAACUCCGAUGCCCUUCUUUAUGACGACGAGUUCCAAGAGGCCAAGAGCCGAUUCCCCGACAACCUCCGAAUUGACUAUGCUCUUUCCCGUGAACAAACUAACGCCAAGGGAGGUAAGAUGUACAUUCAAGACAAGGUUGAGGAAUACGCCGACGAAGUUUUCACCAAGCUCGAGAACGGAGCCCACAUCUACUUCUGUGGUCUGAAGGGAAUGAUGCCAGGAAUCCAGGAUAUGCUGAAGGGAGUUGCUGAAAAGAAGGGCAUUGACUAUGAUGAAUGGUUGAAGAAAUUGAAGAAGGCCAAGCAAUGGCAUGUCGAAGUUUACUAAAUGUAGACGAAUCGAAAUUACUCCU